AUGGGUCGCGUUCGUACCAAGACUGUCAAGAAGUCCGCCAAGGUCAUCAUUGAGCGGUACUACCCCCGCCUGACCCUCGACUUCGAGACCAACAAGCGCAUCUGCGAUGAGAUCGCCAUCAUUGCUUCCAAGCGCCUGCGCAACAAGAUUGCCGGUUACACCACCCACUUGAUGAAGCGUAUUCAGCGUGGACCCGUCCGUGGUAUCUCCUUCAAGCUUCAGGAGGAGGAGCGUGAGCGCAAGGACCAGUUCGUCCCCGAGGUUUCCGCUCUCGACUUCUCCGAGGCUGGCCAGCUGGAUGUCGACAACGAGACCAAGGACCUGCUCAAGCACCUUGGCUUCGAGUCCAUCCCCGUCAACGUCAUCCCCGUCUCCCAGGCUCAGGCUCCCGAGCGUGGCCAGCGACGAUUCGGCGACCGCCCUCGCCGCGACUAA